ACUCUCGCUCCUCGCUCGCGAGGAGGAAGCGGAGGAGCAAGGCACACCAACCGACGGCAGCCCAAUUCUUGGCGCUGAGUUCUGAUCCACCAAUUUGGCGAACCAUGGAGAACGCGGCGGCGGUGGUGAAGGAGGAGGAAGGGGAGGAGGAGGAAGAGGAGGUUAUGGCGGCGCCGCAGCCAAUGGAGGGGCUCCAUGAGGUCGGCCCCCCGCCGUUCCUGACGAAGACGUUCGAGAUGGUAGAGGACGCCGAGACGGACGCGGUGGUGUCGUGGAGUGGCGCCCGGAACAGCUUCAUCGUCUGGGACUCCCACCGGUUCGCCACCGCCCUCUUGCCCAAAUACUUCAAGCACAGCAACUUCUCCAGCUUCAUUCGACAGCUCAAUACCUAUGGUUUUAGGAAGGUCGAUCCGAACAGAUGGGAGUUCGCAAACGCGGACUUCUUGGCCGGGCAGAAGCACCUCUUGAAGAACAUCAAGCGGCGGCGCAAUGUUCCCCAGAGCCCGCACCAGCACCACUGUGACGAUGCUAGGGACCAAUCGGGCAUGUUUGGGCUGGAGACCGAGGUGGACAGGAUGAGAAGGGACCGCAACGUGCUGAUGCUGGAGAUCGUGAAACUGCGGCAACGGCAGCAGAGCUCCCGAGCGCAGCUCCUCGAGAUGCAGCGGCGGAUGCAGGUCACCGAGAGGAGGCAACAGCAGACGAUGUCCUUCUUGGGGCGAGCGCUCAGGAACCCCGCCUUCGUCCGGCAGCUAGCGCUGCGUGGCGAGCAGCAGAGGCAGCUCAACAGCGCGGGCAAGAAGAGGAGAUUGCCAGCGACUCCGAGCUCGGAGGACCUCCCGGCGAUAGAGGACCUGUUGCUGUCUACAAUGGACGACGACGAAGGCAGCUCGAGCGACAUUGGCCAGAGGGAUGAAUCGACAGUCGAGCAGGGCGCGUCCGUCACCAACGAUUUGACAUGGGAAGAACUACUGAACGAAAGCAAACUUAUGGGGGGCGAGACAGAGGACGAUGAGCAAUCUGAGGUGGAAGUCGAGGUCGAGGCAUUGGCCGCAGAGCAACUCGAGUGGGGUGAGGACAUGAAGGAUUUGGUGAAGCAGAUGGGUUACAUGAAAUCAAAACCUUGAGACUGGAAAGCCAAUGCAUCACUUGCGUGUAAUGGUGGCUGUGUACAAAGGCUUUAUGGAAUACUGUUGCAAAUCCAAAACAUAUGUAGCUGAUGAUAAUGGAAUCAAGACUUGUUAGACUUGUUCUUCACUGCA